AUGUCUUUCCGUGACCUAUACGAGCAGUACUGCAAACAAGGCCAUGCUUAUACCUAUGGAACUGCUGGUUUCAGAGCACACAAUUCCGUGCUAGAUACUGUUAUGUUCACUACAGGUAUCGUUGCCGUUUUAAGAUCUAUCUACCUUAAAUCAAAAUUCGUCGGUGUGAUGAUAACUGCCUCGCAUAAUCCACCUGAGGAUAAUGGAGUGAAGGUUGUGGAACCAUAUGGCGAAAUGUUGGUUCAAAAUUGGGAACCAAUUGCUACAAAAUUGGCCAAUGCUGCUUCAUCCAGUUUCACACAAUUGGAGUCUACUUUGCAAUCGAUUAUAGCAGAAUUAAACAUUGACACCACUCAAUUAGCUAAUAUUACAGUGGCACGUGACUCUCGAGAAUCGGGUCCUCGUUUACUAGCUGCUUUGAAGGCAGGUAUAUCUGUCUUCCCUGCAGUUAAAAUCAUCGAUUUCGAAUUAUUGACUACACCUCAAUUGCAUUUCCUAGUAUACAGUUUGAACACCUCGUCUCAACCAUCACAAGUAAGAGAUUCUACUUAUUAUGAUCAUUUCGUCUCUAUCUGGAACCAGUUGACGCAAUUGUACGAGGUCACUGAAUUGCCAUUCCAUUUAACGAUAGAUUGCGCCAACGGCAUUGGGGCAGAUAAAGUGAAACAACUCAUUUCUCAGGCUGGUCAUAUGCUAGAAAACUCCUUAACGGCUGUCAAUGGUGAGACAAAGACCUUUCAACUUUUGAAUGAGUCCUGUGGUGCUGAUUUUGUUAAAACCAAUCAGACAUUCCCCGCGAAUUGUAAUCCGAAACCAUCUCAACUGUACUGUUCCUUUGAUGGUGAUGCUGACCGUGUUGUCUUCUAUUACGUUGAUGGUAAAGAAAAUAAAUUCCAUUUAUUGGAUGGUGACAAGAUUGCUACUUUAUUGGCAAAACUAAUCGCAGAUUUGCUUCGUGAUUGUGGGUUGUCUGAUACUUUAAAAUUGGGAGUCGUUCAAACGGCAUAUGCGAAUGGUUCUUCUACUAAAUAUAUCACUGACAAAUUGAAAAUUCCUGUUUCGUGCACCAAGACAGGAGUCAAACAUCUACAUCACGAGGCAGUUUCCCGUUAUGACAUUGGUAUCUAUUUCGAAGCCAAUGGACACGGUACUGUCAUUUUCUCUAGAGAAUUCUUAGAAACCGUGGACUCCAGAUUACAGGAAACCUCCGGAAAUGAACAACAAUACAAAUCACUAUUAUCCUUAAAGCUACUAAGUCAAUUGAUCAAUCAAACCGUUGGCGACGCAAUAUCUGAUAUGCUAGCAGUCAUAGCUACGUUAUCCAUUUUUAACUUGAAACCUGAAGACUGGGAUGGCUGUUAUCAGGAUCUUCCAAAUAGGUUGACUAAAGUCAUUGUUCCAGACAGAUCUGUCUUUGUAAGUACCAAUGCCGAAAGACAGCUCUUAUCUCCUGAAGGAUUACAGGCUAAGAUCGAUUUACUGGUGACACAAUUUCCUAAUUCAAGAUCCUUCGUGAGAGCAAGUGGAACUGAAGACGCAGUUAGGGUUUAUGCAGAAGCUGAAACGACAGAAAGUGCCAUCGAAUUAGCUACGAAAGUAGGAGAACUAGUCAAAUUAUUUGGCUGA